AUGCUGGUGACCUAUUUGGAAGCCAGCCGGGACCUUUGCGAGACGGACUCAAUUCUUUUUGGCGCCGCAGUGGCAGUUUGCCGUAUUAUUGGCGCCAAAUUUCCCAUGGCUGGACGCGCUACUACACAAAGUAGCGCCAUCCUAGCCUGGAGAAAAAGACUCGAGGACCGAAUCGCAAAGGCAAGGGCCCCUAGACAAGCUUCAGGUCGGCCGGAUAUCACGCAGAAACUAACAGAGCGCAUAGACGACCUGAAGCAAAAGAUCGCUGCUUGGGGGAAGCGGAUUCGACGAUUUACCGAAAGGUCAAGGCGGUUCAACCAGAAUCGUCUCUUCCAGAGUGAUCAGAAGAGGCUCUAUAAAUCAUUGGAGCGACCAAAGGUAUGCGGAGCGGGCCAAGGACCGGAUCAGGCUGACAUUAUCGCAUUCUGGCGUGGCCUGUGGUCAGAGCCCGUAAACCACAGCGAGGGCCCUUGGAUGGAAGUUGUGGCGAGCCAGGGUGCGAGUGUUACACCUAUGGACCCCAUCACUAUAACGCCGGAAGACGUGGCUGAGGCGGUCCGUAAGUCUGGGGCUCGACGGGCUGCAUCAUUACUGGCUGAAGGGGUUCAUAGUGUGUCACGCUGUGCUCGCCCGACAGUUUCAAGAGGCUCUCGACCAGAAGUCGCUCCCGAGCCUCUUCACUACUGGGAUCACUCACUUGAUUCAUAA